AAUUGCAGAACAUUAUUACUGCAGGUCUUUUCAGAACACAGCAACAAAAUGGGUAAAUUCACUUUCUUACUCGCUGCAACUGCCGUCUUGUACUUGAGCAACCCUGUCAAUGGUCAAUUUGGUGGUCUUACAUCAAUUGCAAAUGGACUUACUGGGGGACUUGCCGGUAGUGUAACCAAUGGAAUCACCGGUGGUAUUUCCUCGGUAACCAGUGGAGUCACUAAUGCACUCACCGGUGGAGUAUCUGGUACCAUAACCAAUGCUAUAUCUAGUGUGUUUUCUGGAGGCAUCGUAGGAAUGAUUCAAAACGGUGCUAGCACCUUCGGUAAUAUCGUCAAUACGAGCCUUAACGCAGGCAUAUCCGUUGUUGGUGGUGCAGUCGGUACUGUCUUCACCUCGUUUGGAGAGAUCUUCAGCGGCAUGUUCAUUCAAGGUGUUGUACAAUUCUUCUCAACUGUUAUUGCCACAAUUGUUAGCGUCAUCAGGGCCAUUGUUCUUACCUUAGUUGAACAAUUGAUUAGCCUUUUCACAUCCCUUUAUUCCUUAAUCAUGUACAAUAACUAACAGUAAAUAAUGUAACAAUUUCUGUUUUGUUAAAAAUAUCUCAAAAUGUCAUCGAAUAAAAUUGUUUUCUGGUAAUAAAA